AUGACAUCUCCACCAAAUGACCCAAUAAGGAUGGACAAGCCAAAUGAUAUUUCCCAAUGUGGUGUGAUGUUUCAAAAGAGAAAGAAUUAUAAUAGUGGAAAAGAAUGUGAGGAAGUCAUUGGCUGCAUCCACAGGGUUAUUCAGGACAAGGGCGCCCAAGGUAGUAGUCUGUGUUUUGUGUGCUGUGAAUGUGGAAAAUAUUUUACCAAAUUUUCUACCGUUCAUUGUCAUCAGGGAGUUCCCACUGGAGAAAGGCCUUCUGAGUGUAAUGAUUAUGGGAAAUAUCUUAUCAACAGAACUCACCUUCGCUUUCAUGUGACAAUUCAAACUGGAGAAAGGUUUUGUAAGUGUAGUGAAUGUGGGAAAUCUUUUACUGCUAGCACCGAUCUUCAAAUUCAUCAGAGAGUUCAGACUAAAGAAAUACCUUAUGAGUGCAGUGAGUGUGGGAAAUCAUUUCCCAGAAGCAUUGACCUUAAUUGUCAUCUGAGAGUUCACACUGGAGAAAAUCCUUAUAUAUGCAAUGAAUGUGGGAUAUCUUUUGUCACGACCACGCACCUUCAAAAUCAUCAGAGAAUUCACACCGGAGAAAAGCCUUAUAAAUGCAGUACAUGUGGGAAAUCUUUUAUCACAACCUCACAACUUCAUCGUCAUCAGAGUGUUCACACUGGAGAAGGGCCUUAUGACUACAGUGAAUGUGGGAAAUCUUUUACAAUUAGCACUGAUGUUCAUCGUCAUCAGAGAUUUCACACUGGAGAAAGGCCUUAUAAAUGCAGUGAAUGUGGGAAAUCUUUUACCAGUAGUACUGACCUUCGUCGUCAUCACCAUAUUCACACUGGAGAAAAGCCUUAUAAAUGCAGUCAAUGUGGGAAAUCUUUUACCUUUAACCUUCGUCGUCAUCAGAGAAUUCACACUGGAGAAAGGCCUUAUGAGUGCGGUGAAUGUGGGAAGUCUUUUACUGUUAGCACUGACCUUCGUCGUCAUCACCGUAUUCACACUGGAGAAAAGCCUUAUAAAUGCAGUGAAUGUGGGAAAUCUUUUACCAGGAGUACUACCCUUCGUCGUCAUCACCAUAUUCACACUAGAGAAAAGCCUUAUACAUGCAGUGAUUGUGGGAAAUCUUUUAUCACGCCCUCAAAACUUCAUCAUCACCAGAGAGUUCACACUGGAGGAAAGCCUUUUAAAUGCAGUGAGUGUGGGAAAACUUUUAUCACGACCUCAUAACUUCAUUGUCAUCAGAGAGUUCACACUGGAGAAAAGCCUUAUAAAUGUAGUGAAUGUGAGAAGUCUUUUACUGUUAGCACUGACCUUCGUCGUCAUCACCGUAUUCACACUGGAGAAAAGCCUUAUAAAUGUAGUGAAUGUGGGAAAUCUUUUACCAGGAGUACUAACCUUCGUCAUCAUCACCAUAUUCACACUGGAGAAAAGCCUUAUAAAUGCCAUCAAUGUGGGAAAUCUUUUACCAUUAUCUCUAACCUUCGUCGUCAUCAGAAAGUUCACACUGGAGAAAAGCCUUAUAAAUGCAGUGAAUGUGGGAAAUCUUUUACCUUUAGCAGUAACCUUCGUCGUCACCAGAGAAUUCACACUGGGGAAAGGCCUUAUGAGUGCAGUGAAUGUGGGAAGUUUUUUACCAUUAGCACUGACCUUCAUCGUCAUCACCGUAUUCACACUGGAGAAAAGCCUUAUAAAUGCAGUGAAUGUGGGAAAUCUUUUACCUUUAGCAGUAACCUUCGUCAUCACCAGAGAAUUCACACUGGGGAAAGGCCUUAUGAGUGCGGUGAAUGUGGGAAGUUUUUUACCGUUAGCGCUGACCUUCGUCGUCAUCACCGUAUUCACACUGGAGAAAAGCCUUAUAAAUGCAGUGAUUGUGGGAAAUCUUUUAUCGUGUCCUCAAAACUUCAUCGUCAUCAGAGAGUUCACACUGGUGAAAAGCCUUUUAAAUGCAGUGAAUGUGGGAAAUUGUUUACCAGGAGCAAUUAUCUCAAAUAUCAUCAGAGAACAGUUCACACUGGAGAAAAGCCUUAUAAAUGCACUGAAUGUGGGAAAUCUUUUACCACUAGCAGUAACCUUCGUUGUCAUCAGAGGGUUCACAAUGGAGAAAAGCCUUAUCAAUGCAGUGAGUGUGGGAAAGCUUUUACCACAAUGCAAAGCCUUUGUCAUCAUCAAAGACUUCACACUGGAGAACGGCCUUAUGAGUGCAGUGAAUGUGGAAGAUCUUUUAUCACUAGCAGUAACCUUCAUUGUCAUCAGAGAGUUCACACAGGAGAAAAGCCUUAUAAAUGCAGUGAAUGUGGGAAAGCUUUUACUAGAAUGCAAAACCUUUGUCGUCAUCAGAGACUUCACACUGGAGAAAGGCCUUAUGAGUGCAGUGAGUGUGGAAAAUCUUUUACCACUAGCACUGCCUUUUGUUGUCAUCAGAGAAUUCAUACUGGAGAAAGCCGUUAUCAGUGCAGUGAAUGUGGGAAAUCUUUUACCACUAGCAGUAACCUUCGUUGUCAUCAGCGAGUUCACACUGGAGAAAAGCCUUAUAAAUGCAGUGAAUGUGGGAAAGCUUUUACCAAUAGCACUGAUUUUUGCCGUCAUCAGAGGUUUCAUACUGGAGAAAGACCUUAUAAGUGCAAUGAAUGUGGGAAAUCUUUUACUGAUAGCAGUAACCUUCAUUGUCAUCAGAGGGUUCACACUGGAGAAAAGCCUUAUAAAUGCAGUGAAUGUGAGAAAGCUUUUACUAGUAGCACUAAACUUUGUCGUCACCAGAGAGUGCACACUGGAGAAAGGCCUUAUCAUUGCAGUGAAUGUGGGAAAUCUUUUAUCACAAGUACUGACCUUCGUUGUCAUCAGAGAGUUCACACUGGAGAAAGGCCUUAUCAGUGCACUGAAUGUGGGAAAUCUUUUACCAGUAGCAGUACACUCCGUAAUCAUCAACGUUCUCACACCGGAGAAAGGCCUUAUCAUUGUAGGGAAUGUGGGAAAUCUUUUAUCACUAGCACUCAACUUCGUUGUCACCAGAGAGUUCACACUGGAGAAAGGCCUUAUCAGUGCAGUGAAUGUGGGAAAUCUUUAAUUACUAGCACUCACCCUAAUUGUAAUCAGAGAAUUCACACUGGAGAAAGGCCUUAUAAAUGCAGUGAAUGUGGGAAGUCUUUCACCAGGUCAGAUAGUCUCCAUGAUCACCAGAGAGUUCACACUGGAGAAAGGCCUUAUGAAUGCAGUGAAUGUAGGAAAUCUUUUACCCGUAGAAAUGGCCUCCGUGAACAUCAGAGAGUUCACACUGGAGAAAAGCCUUAUAAGUGCAGGGAAUGUGGUAAAUCUUUUUCCAGUAGGGGCGGCCUUCGUAAUCAUCAGAGAGUUCACUCUGGAUAAAGGCCUUAUGUGUGCAGUUAAUGUGAGGAAUCUUUCAGCCAGUGGUCUAUAUUUGCUUUGCACAUAUGAAUUCACAUGUGAAAAAUUUCUUACAUGUGUAGAAAAUAUACUUUUUUA